UCAUCAUCAGACAAAAAAAAAAAAAAAAAACUAGGAUUUCUGCGAGACGUAUCUCUAGCUUUGCUUGCCCGACUGAAGAGACAGAAAAACACAAAAACCCUAACAAAUCUCAUUCUCCUUCCUUUUUGCAAGAUUUAAAGAUUAGUGGGAUUUGAAAGAAAAGGCAGGCAAGAUGAGGAUCAUGAUAAAGGGUGGAGUGUGGAAGAACACGGAGGAUGAAAUACUAAAAGCGGCGGUUAUGAAAUAUGGAAAGAAUCAGUGGGCUCGUAUUUCUUCUCUUCUUGUUCGUAAAUCUGCUAAGCAAUGUAAAGCUCGUUGGUAUGAGUGGCUUGACCCUUCCAUUAAAAAGACUGAGUGGACUAGAGAGGAGGAUGAGAAAUUACUGCAUCUUGCUAAGCUCAUGCCCACUCAGUGGAGGACGAUUGCACCUAUUGUUGGACGGACUCCAUCGCAGUGCCUUGAGCGUUACGAGAAGCUGCUUGAUGCAGCUUGUGUUAAGGAUGACAGCUAUGAUCCUGGUGAUGAUCCACGGAAAUUGCGCCCUGGUGAGAUUGAUCCAAAUCCGGAAUCUAAGCCUGCACGUCCAGAUCCUGUUGAUAUGGAUGAGGAUGAGAAGGAAAUGCUCUCGGAAGCACGAGCUAGGUUAGCAAAUACUAAAGGUAAAAAGGCUAAAAGAAAGGCUAGGGAGAAACAGCUUGAAGAAGCUAGGAGGCUUGCUUCCUUGCAGAAAAGGAGGGAACUGAAGGCUGCUGGUAUUGAUAAUAGGCAUCGGAAGAGGAAAAGAAAGGGUAUAGACUAUAAUUCUGAAAUCCCCUUUGAGAAAAGACCUCCUCCUGGAUUUUAUGACGUUGCUGAUGAAGAUAGACCUGUGGAACAACCUAAGUUCCCAACCACCAUUGAAGAACUUGAGGGGAAAAAAAGGAUGGACAUCGAAGCACAAUUAAGAAAGCAAGACAUGGCAAAGAAUAAAAUUGCUGAAAGGCAAGAUGCCCCAUCAGCUAUACUGCAAGCAAACAAGCUGAAUGAUCCGGAAACAGUAAGGAAGAGGUCAAAAUUGAUGCUUCCUGCACCACAGAUUUCAGAUCAUGAAUUGGAGGAUAUUGCAAAGAUGGGGUAUGCUAGUGAUCUUCUUGCAGGAAGUGAGGAACUCACAGAAGGGAGCGGUGCAACACGUGCUCUUUUAGCAAACUAUGCCCAAACACCACGCCAAGGAAUGACACCGCUACGAACCCCUCAAAGAACUCCUGCUGGCAAGGGUGAUGCUAUAAUGAUGGAAGCUGAAAACUUAGCACGGUUGAGGGAGUCGCAAACACCAUUGCUAGGGGGAGAGAAUCCAGAGUUGCACCCUUCAGAUUUCUCUGGUGUUACUCCUAAGAAACGGGAGAUUCAAACACCAAACCCAAUGCUGACUCCUUCUGCAACUCCUGGCAGUGUUGCUCUUACGCCCAGAAUUGGUAUGACACCGUCAAGGGAUUCUUUUGGGAUGACCCCAAAAGGAACUCCCAUCAGGGAUGAACUCCAUAUAAAUGAAGAUAUGGAUAUGCAUGAUAGUGCAAAACUUGAGCAACGAAGACAGGCUGAUCUGAGAAGGAAUUUGAUUUCUGGUCUUGGUAAUCUUCCACAGCCGAAGAAUGAAUACCAGAUAGUCAUUCAACCGCCUCCUGAGGAAAAUGAAGAACCAGAAGAGAAGAUUGAAGAGGAUAUGUCUGAUAGAAUAGCCAGGGCAAAAGCUGAGGAAGAAGCUCGGCAGCAGGCAUUACUUCGGAAGAGAUCAAAAGUACUGCAGAGGGAACUCCCUCGGCCUCCUGCUGCUUCUUUGGAAUUAAUUAGAGAUUCUUUGCUGAGAGCUGAUGGGGAUAAGAGUUCCUUUGUUCCUCCUACAUCAAUUGAACAGGCUGAUGAAAUGAUAAGGAAGGAGCUUCUAGCCUUACUAGAACAUGAUAAUGCAAAGUAUCCACUUGAAGAGAAGCCAAGCAAGGAGAAAAAGAAAGGCUCCAAGCACCCUUCAAACAGAUCUGCUGCUUCUAUCCCUGUGAUAGAGGACUUUGAAGAAGAUGAGCUGAAACAAGCUGAUAAUUUGAUAAAAGUGGAAGCUCAGUACAUACGUGUAGCUAUGGGCCAUGAAGAUGAAUCCCUUGAUGAAUUUGUUGAAGCACACAAAACAUGUAUAAAUGACCUCAUGUACUUCCCCACUCGCAACGCUUAUGGUCUCUCCAGUGUUGCUGGAAAUAUGGAGAAACUCACAGCAUUGCAGAAUGAAUUUGAGAAUGUGAAAACAAGGUUAGAGGCUGAAAGGGAGAAGGCAUUACGGCUUGAGAAGAAGGUUAAUGUUCUCACACAAGGUUAUCAGAUGCGGGCAGAAAGGCAGCUUUUGCCACCAAUUGAGUUGACCUUAAAGCAGAUGGACACCUCUGGAACAGAACUAGAGUGCUUCCAAGCUUUGCAGAGGCAAGAGCAAUUAGCAGCAUCACACAGGAUCAAUGGUCUUUGGGAGGAAGUUCAGAAGCAAAAGGAGCUAGAGCAAACUAUGCAAAGGAGAUAUGGGGAUCUUGUGGCUGAGCUGGAAAGGAUACAACAGCUCAUCAUUAAUUACAGAGCACUAGCAAUACAACAAGAAGAAAUUGCUGCAAAGAAUCGAGCACUUGAGUUGGCAGAAGCUGCAACAAAGCAAGCUGCCAUACUCAACUCUGAACCUUUUGAACCUGUGACUCCAGAUGAACAUGGAAAUUCUAUGCCAGUUGGUUCAUCUGACAAGAAAGUUUUAGAGCAGCAAAUGGAUGUUGAUUCAGAGAAGGUGCACAGUGCACUGGCCACGGAUACAAGCUUAACCAAUAAUGUGCCUUCUGAUGAGGGGCAGAUGACAAUUGUACAAGGUAAUGGCCAUGAAGCUUCUGGUGCUAAUCCCUCGAGUCCAGAUGGAAAUAACCAAAAUGGAGUUCCAGUUCUGACAGGGAACUCAAUAAACAGAGGAGAUAUUAUAUCUACUGUUGGUGUUGCAGUGGAGAUUAAGGUGAAUGAUGCUUCUGUUGAUGGGGAUGCUGGUGAUGUUAUGAGCACAGAAAUUAUGGAUGGCUUAGCUUCUGUUGAAGGGGAGAGUAUCCAAGAAAGAGCUGAUGACUAUGACAAAGCUGAUAUGAUGGAGGUUUCCAGUGGCGGGGAUGAUAAAGUAAAUCAAAUGAAAGAUGAGGGAAAAUUGCCUGUCAUUGAUCUUACUAACUCUGAAUAGGGGAAUUCAGAAUUGGAUGGGAAAAGUGUCCCAAUUGUUCAACAAGGGGUAGAAAUUGCUGAAGAAUCCAUGAAAAUAUUCCUCUAUUCUUGGAUGAUUUCUGUGAACAAAAUGAAGCACGGCUCCAAGGUUAAUCUCUUAUGUGCCUGGCUGAUAAUGAUAUGGUUAUUGUUGUAGUGAUUAAUCAGAUUUUUUCGGGAGUUUUCCUUUUCCUCUCAUGUUCCUACCAGAACUGGACAUGGAUGCCCAUCAUUUUGUUACAUCAUUUCGUAAAGUACUAAUCUGGUUGCAUGUACUGUUCGGUGUAACUGUUGUUAGGUUGAGGAAUCUUUAUAUUUAUGAAGGAAAAAUGUUGUAUUCA